AUGAAGGAUGAGACAAAAGAGGAUUCAAUAGGUGAAUCAGUAUGCUUAAAGCCAAAAAAGUAUUCAGUUCUUCUAGCAGGUCAUGAUUCUAAAACUCCUGAAACAGAUGCAGAUUUCAAAAAAGAGUUAGAAGAAGAAGAAUUUAGAAAAUCUCAGGGUGUAAAGUAUUGGGAGAAAAAGUAUGGCAUUCAGAAGGCAAAGGGUGUAAAGAAAUGCGUGAUCAAAAAGGAGCUUCAACAUGACAAGUUCCUAGAAUAUCUUAAGAAUAAGAAACUAACUCAGUAUGAUAUGUAUAGUUUAUGCAGUUACGAUCAUCAAAUAUAUCUGGAGAGGAAACAAUACAAAAAAUGGUUGAUUAAAGAUAUAAAGCUUGUGCAAAUCAAAGUCAUAAAAACUGCAUUGCGAAAAGGCAAAAAAUAUGAUAAUCUUGCGAAAAACUAUGAAGACUAUCUAAAGAAAUUGCAAGCUGAAAAGAAACUGAAUGACUAUAUUAAGACAAACGCAGUCAAGAUAUUUUCCAAUGAAGAGGCAUACACUCUAAGGCUAGAAAAUUAUCGCAAAAGGUAUAUAGAUAAUAAUCUAUGUGCUAGUCUAAAGGAAUUAUAUGAGCUUUAUUAUGAUAUAGUCAAGGGGGAGACUCGCAAAAGAUCAGAUGAUAAAAUAGAACAAAUGCUCAAAACAAUAUCAAUUUAA